AUGAAAAGGGUAAAAAUAUAAAGCGUAUUAAAGUCAAGAAAAGAAAAAAAUCCUCUUUCAGAUGAUGAUGAAAAACAGCAAAAUAACGAGGAUGAUGAUGAUUAUGAACAAGAUGUAGGAAAGGAUGAAAAUGCAUUAAUCAAUUAAAAUAAAGAUGAAGAUAGUAAUAUGAUAAAAGAAACAGCUCUACUUAUUGCUGCAACCCUUAUAUAUUAUAUAGAAUUUAUAAUUGUUCCUUUUGCAAUGAUAAUAGUUAGUUUAAUAAUUCCUUUUUAAAAGGUUGGAGAUAAGAGUAUCUUAUUUUUAAUAUUAGUUGCUUUGUGGAUUAUAGUCUCUAACUUAUCUAUUUUGUAUAUGUAAUAUAUUCUUCUAUUUUCCAAAAUCCAAGAUGAUAACUUAAAGUUUAUGUACUCAGAUAGUAUGUUCUUUUAUCUUAACGCAGUCCUUGUUUUUGCUUUUAUUAAGGCUAAGCAGUGUAAAAUUUUAACAUUUGGUUAAAUCUUUUCGAAAUUAUGCUCAACUAAUUCAUUUAGCACAUUUUAGUACCUCCAUGACAAAGAAUCAGAUAAAUUUGCUUUUUUGUUUGAUUUCCCUCUCUAGUCAGGCAGGAGCAAUAAUAACUCAAAAUCUCUCAGAGAUUGUGGUGUAUCAAACUUAUCUCGUAGAUACAAAACAUUCGAUUUUAAUAAAGCUGAACGUAAAGUUAUUCAAAACGAUAUCUUUAAACUGAAUGAAGAAACUAAGUUUGAGGAAUAUGUAUUUCCCUAGUUCCAAUAAUAUUUAAUUCUAAUAGCUAUCCUCAUGAUUAAGAUCUACUUGACAUUCAAAUAUCUUGAUUUUGUAGGUGAUGCAUUUAGCUAUAGAAUUCUGCUUGAUGUGUUUGUAAAUAUAUUCCUUUAUUUCUACACGGCUUUUAAUUUGAAUAGAAUCUUAGGAAAUUAUGAUUUAAGAAAGAAGUUUACAGCAUUAGAAGCAUUGAGCGAUUUAGUUAAAUUCAAAGAUUUAAACAGUAAAAAUAUGGAUGAAUUACAAAAUAAAAUUGACUUUACUUGCCCAAUCAGUAUGGAAACUUGGGAUAACUACAGAAAAGUCAUUCUUACUACUAAUAAUGAACUCAUGUAGACAUUGGAAAUAUCUUAUUUCUGUUUGUUCUUUUACUUUGUAUUUGUUACUUUGAUUGUAUUCUCUUCAUUCUUUGAGCUUUACUGGAUUUUCGAUAAAGAAUCUAUUUUAUUAAACCCUAUCUUUGUCAUCUAAAGUUCUUUUGAUUUUGUAUUCUUGAGCUUUUUCUUACUGUUCAGAUUCUACUAUGGUACUAAAUAUAACGAUACCUUUGAUGAUAUGUUACUAAAUCUUAGAAGUUUAUCAGAUGUAGUUGAUGAUCUGAUUACUAUGUAUGACUAUUACUUUGAUUGCAUUCUAAAAGAUGGUGAUAAAGUUGUUUGUGAAACAGUAGAUAACAUUUAUGGUGUCGUAAUUAAAAAAAUUAAGUUAAUGAGCUAUGAAUUUAUGGCUUAUGAAGAGAUAAUUUUACCAAAUGGAGUUAAAUAAAUAGAAGGAGAAUAACUAGAUGGAAUUAAAUACUACGAAAAUCAAUCCAUGGAAAAUUUAGGAAAACUGAGGAAGAAGUUAUUAGAGUAAAUCAGAAGGAGUGUUAAGAAGAUCCUUAAGUCAGUUGAAAAUGAUCAAAUUGAAUUCAAAUAUCUUUUCUUGAAUUUAAUAGAUGUCAAUUUCUAAGAUACAUUUACCUCAUUAGUUAUUGCUUUGGUUACUACCCUGCCUACUAUAGUACCUAAAUUUAUCUCAUUCUACAGCCCUCCAGAACCUGAAAAACCUUAAGAUCCCUCUAAGUUUUUUUGA